AUGUCGGGUCCCAGAGACCACUUCAACGUCCCGCUGAGGCGCGUCGCCAUCAGCAACCGUGACGAGGCCACCGUCGCCGAAUUCAUAAGCCCCCUCAUCUUCGUCUUCGCCGGCUCCGGCGCAGGCAUUGCCAACAAUAACCUCACCUACGACGGCCCCGCCUCCCCCGCCGGCCUCAUCUCCGCCUCCAUUGCCCACGCCUUCGCCCUCUUCGUCGCCUUCGCCAUCAGCGCCAACAUCUCCGGCGGCCACGUCAACCCCGCCGUCACCUUCGGCCUCUUCGUCGGCAGCCACAUCACCCUCUUCUGCGGCAUCCUCUACAUCAUCGCCCAGCUCCUCGCCUCCACCGCCGCCUCCGCCCUCCUCAUCUUCACCGCCGUCGCUGUUCCGGCCUUCGGCGUGGCGGGGAUCUCCGUGUGGUCAGCCUUGGUGUUCGAGAUCGUGGCGACCUUCGGGCUCGUGUACAUUGUGUACGCUACCGCCGUCGACCCGAAGAAGGGCGAGAUCGGCAUCAUCGCGCCGAUUGCCAUCGGUCUGAUCGUGGGAGCCAACAUCUUUGCGGCCGGCCCAUUCACUGGAGCUGCCAUGAACCCUGCCGUGAUUUUCGGGCCUGCACUGGUGGGCUUCAGAUUGGCCAACCACUGGAUCUACUGGGCCGGCCCGUUCGUUGGGGCCAGGCUGGCCAGCGUGAUCUACGAGGUGUUCUUCAUCAGCCACACCCACGAGACCUUGUCGGAUUACUGA